UAUGCUACGUUGUUCAUUAGUUGUCUAAUGAAAAUAUUUUUGUUGAAACUAUUGACAUAUUAGAAAAAUUUUUGCAUCAAUCAAACAGUAUAAUCUAGUUUUAACCUUUGGAUGUCAGUGAAACCAAUUUACACAGCAAAUAUCGCAGUUGCAUUUAAUAACGGUGGUAUUAUCGGCUUAACAAGACAUUUUUCGUAAUUUUUACGAUAAAGUCACUUGGUCUGUUGGUAAUAAAAUUGAAAUAUACUUAUAAACCUACAUAAUGGUAAGAUCAAUAAUGGACCAUUUUCGAAGAAAUGUUGAAAAUUCCUUUGUAAUGAUGGCUUUUUAUACCUACGUUUGUAAAGCCUAGUAAGUGCUUUCCAAAAAUUUAAAUAUUGACUUACAAAAGCUCAACCUGAAAGCAUCAUUUGAAUAAUUUAUUAAAAACAUGUGCUGAACGAAUAUCAACUUGUUCAAAUGAAGUAAAUGUGAAUAUAUUUGCGCGCCAUAGUGACUUUAAGCCACGUGGUGUAGUGAAUUGUAUCAAUUUUGCGUCCUCUCUAUAAAUGGAAUGGAGUAGAACAUCUUUCUGGGUUUGGUCCAGUUCGAUUAUAUUUUUUUAGUAUCUUGUAAAAUAGUCAAAUACAAGUGGCACAGAAAUAGUUGAAAGUAAAUAAAAUUAAAGCAAUUAAAAAGAAAAGUGAGAGAGUAUUGUUACCGUUAUUGCUGUAUUUAGCUGUGAUUCUAUAAAAAUUUUAAGUAGUGAAUAUGGAGGAUGAAAUAUAUGAUACAAUGGCAGGCCCGAGCCAAUCAAUCAAUGUUAACCCAAGUGAAACAACACCUUUACUUGUCUCACCACAAGAAAGGAAAAUGGUGGAAAAGAACAUUGGAAUAUCACAGCAGACGCUGGUAUCAAGAUCAAGUGACAAUGAGACAUCAGGAAGGAAAGUCACUCAGUACAUUGCUGGAUUAGCAGCAACAUUAGGAGCUCUUGCUGCAGGAAUGGUACUCGGUUGGUCCUCUCCUUGUGGAAAAGACGGAGUCAAAUUAGCUCAGCAGUAUGGCAUAGUCAUCACACCAACUGAAUUUUCAUGGAUCUCAUCAAUAUUCAACUUAGGAGCAGCUACAAUCUGCGUACCAAUUGGAAUCUUAACCGAUAUCAUUGGAAGGAAAAGAGCUAUGUUAAUAUUAGUCGCUCCUUUCACUAUUGGUUGGAUCCUUAUCAUCUUGGCCAACUCCGUAGUUAUGUUCGACAUUGGCCGUUAUAUUCUUGGUAUAAGUGGUGGUGCUUUCUGCGUUACUGCUCCUAUGUACACUGGUGAAAUCGCUGAAAGUUCAAUCAGAGGUAGCUUAGGGUCCUACUUUCAACUCAUGUUAACUACUGGAAUUCUUAUAACUUACAUAUUAGGAUCAGUACUGGAAAUGUUCACGAUAUCAUUAAUUUCUGCAGCUGUCCCACUAAUCUUUUUUGUAAUAUUCUUCUUCAUGCCAGAAACUCCAACACAUUAUUUAAAGAAAGGUGAUAUUGAUGCUGCUAGAGCUAGUUAUCGAUGGCUCAGAGGUCCGCAUUAUAAUAUUGAACCAGAAUUAGAAGCUCAAAAUGAAGUGUUGACAGAAUCAAGUCGCGAUCAAGUAUCUUUCUUUACUGCUAUUCGAUCGAAAGCAGCUCUCAAAGGCUUAUUUAUUGCAUUUGGCCUCAUGUUUUUCCAACAGCUCAGUGGAGUUAACGCCAUGAUUUUUAAUGCAGGACCUAUCCUUGAAUCAUCAGGAAGCUCGUUGGAUCCUGACAUUUCUACCAUUAUUUUGGGAGCUAUGCAAGUUUUUGCUGUAUUUAUCAGCACUUUAAUUGUUGAUCGAUUGGGUAGAAGACUAUUGCUUUUGAUGUCUAGUGUGGCAAUGACUUUGACAACCCUGGCUGUUGGAGUUUUUUUCUAUGUCCAAGCAACAAACAAAGAAACAGCUAGUUCAAUUGGAUGGCUGCCGCUAGUUUCAAUGAGUAUAUUUUUCAUUUUGUUCUCUCUUGGAUUUGGGCCAAUCCCAUGGAUGAUGAUGGGUGAAAUAUUUGCUCCGCAAGUAAAAGGGAUUGCUGGAAGCAGUGCCUGUCUAUUCAACUGGUUGAUGGCUUUUGUUGUUACGAAAUUCUUCAAUGAUAUUCAAACUUCCCUUGGAGCACAUUGGACGUUCUGGAUUUUCUCAAUCAUUUGUUUAGUAGCAACUGUAUUUGUUUUCUUUAUUGUUCCUGAAACGAAAGGCAAAUCAUUAGAACAAAUUCAAUUGGAAUUAGGUAGUAGUAAUUCUUCAUUACCUAAUCAAUUUCGUGACUCUAACAAAGCAUAGUGAUAAUUGUAAUUAAUUUUUUAAUUAACUCAAUCGUUCAGGGUGACUGUUUUAGCGAUGCAUUUGUUAUUUGAAAAUUACUGUCAUGUGUGAUUGUGAUGAUACUGUUUUUAUACAGUCUUGAUUUAUACAUAAAGAUAAAUAAUUAUUUAUAUUGCACUGAAA